AUGGAUCGAAAGUCGAAAAAAGACUUUUGCGACAUUCCUGAAGAUGUCUUUCCAUCACUGGAUCAUUGCGGAGAUCAAGACGUGGAUUUAGAGCCGGGAUUAGAGUUCGACGACUCGGAACUGACGGCAGAUAUCGAACCAAAUGUUUCGACAGAAGAAAUCGUUUUUUUCGAAUCAAACGAUGAUUUCGAAUCUGAAUUAACAAAACAAGACGACGACGUCUCGGACGACGACGACUUCGAUGACGUUCGUCGUCUCGGAAUUGUCGACGUCUUGGGCGACGAUCGUUGCGCUCGAAAAGUCAUUUGUGUUUACGCGUGUCGUUUGCCUGACGCGCGUGCAAUGAGUGCGGGACGUGUUUUGCGGUUUCUUUUGCUAACUUUAGACGCUUUCGUUGAAUCGGAUUAUUCUUUAGUUUAUUUUCAUUUCGGAUUAAACGCCAGAAAUCGACCGACAAUUCGAUGGUUUUGGAAUGCUUUCCGAGCUUUUGAUCGCAAAUAUCGCAAGAAUCUUAAGGCUUUAUUCCUCGUCCAUCCGACGCCUUUCCUUCGACUUAUUCUACGCGUCUUCCGACCCGUCGUUUCGGCAAAAUUCGGACGAAAAGUUCGACAUAUAAUGCGUUUACACGAAUUAGAAGAAGAGUUUCACGUGAAUCAACUGUCAAUUCCGGAUCAAGUCAAGGCACAUGACCGCCGAUUGGGAUCUUCUGUUGAAAGAAAACCGGUUUCUUAUCCGUCAUUAUCUGAAAUGUCUCGCGAAAGCGGAGAUUCGAUUCCAAAAGUCAUUCGAUUUUGUAUUUCUUUUCUUUCGAACGAAAAUUCUCUUCAAAUCGAAGGACUUUUUCGUCGUUCGGCUUCUGCCACAACUGUUCAACUAUUACGUCAACGAGCGCUCAAUGGACAACCGCUUUGGACAGACGGAUCAACUGAAACGCGCGAAGAAGCCGUACACGCCGUGGCCGCGCUUCUCAAAGCAAGUCUUCGCGAACUUCCGGAACCGCUUCUCACGUUUCAAGUGUUCGAUGACGUCAUUGAUUGGCCGCAACUGCCGGACGACGCAACUCGAGUGGCGGUCGCGCGGGCUAUCGUUCAGAGGCGUCUUCCGGAAGAAAACUUUGAAGUUUUGGCUUUUUUGACGGCUUUUCUGGCCAAAGUCGAGGACAGAUCUCAUCUCAACAAAAUGACGGCCGCGAAUCUGGCCAUUGUCUUCGGUCCCAACCUUUUGUGGUCUCGUGACGGCGCAGACUCUUUGCGUACCGUUUGUGCGGUCAAUGCUUUUACAGAGUUUUUGUUGAGAGCGAGACAUUCAGUAUUUGAUAAAUAG